AUGGCAAGAACCAAGCAAACCGCAAGAAAGUCCACAGGAGGUAAGGCUCCACGUAAGCAAUUGGCCUCCAAAGCAGCCAGAAAAUCCGCCAAGCAACCAUCGACAGGAGGUUUGAAGAAGCCACACAGAUACAAGCCAGGUACCGUCGCUUUGAGAGAAAUCAGAAAGUAUCAAAAGAGUACUGAAUUGUUGAUCCGUAAAUUACCAUUCCAACGAUUGGUCAGAGAAAUUGCUCAAGACUACAAGUCGGAUUUGAGAUUCCAAUCCAACGCUGUGUUGGCUUUGCAAGAAGCUUCCGAGGCUUAUUUGGUCAGUUUGUUUGAAGAUACCAACUUGUGCGCAAUCCAUGCUAAGAGAGUUACCAUCAUGCCAAAGGAUAUGCAAUUGGCUAGAAGAAUUAGAGGAGAGAGAACAUAA